UGCUCCCAGUAAGUUCCUCUAAAAAGCAGAUAAGUUUCUAAGAUACAGCUCAAAAUUCCUUUCUCAUGCUUCUGUGAGUUUAGGAACUUGGAAGAAAGUAAAAAAGCUAAUGUUUCUGGCAGUUCAACAAGGAUGUUGGUGUUCCGUUUGUCACUGAUGAUCAAGCUUUUCUUCCAGUUGGAUGCAUCAGUUUGUCCUGAGAAGUGUGACUGCUCUUCAAAAAAUGCAAUUCAUUGCUCAGGUCCCCACCUAAAAGACCUGGCAUCUUUAGAUCUGCCUUGGAACAUGACACAAAUCCACAUAACGAACACUAAUGUGCCGUACUUGCAGGAUGUUUUUUCUAGGAUGGUGGAACUGCAGCAUCUCAUCUUGUCUUCAAACAACAUCUCUCUGGUUUCACCAAUGGCUUUUAAAGGGUUGAGAAAUCUAAAAGUCCUCAAACUGCUAGAUAAUAAGCUUGUUGAGCUUCCUCCAGAAGUGUUUGAUGACAUGGUGCAGCUUCAGCAAUUGAUCAUCGAAAGUAACAGGUUGAAAUCCAUUGAGGAAAAUCUGUUUGACAAACUAGCUAGUUUGGAGGAACUUUACUUGAACAAAAACCAACUAACAGCACUUCCCAGUGACGUGCUGAAGAAUCUUACCAAACUCAAAGUACUGAACUUGUCAAGAAAUUACUUAGCAGCACUGCCUAGAAAUAUAUUCAGUGCAUUAGCCAGGCUUGAGAAGCUGAUGCUAUAUUUUAACAGGCUGUCUUCAAUAGAGUCUGGUAUGUUUGAUAACCUGACGGAGCUGCAAGAACUCUUCCUGCAUUGCAAUAACAUCCAGUCCAUCGCCCCUGAUGCAUUUCAUUGUCUUCACAAACUGAGGCGCCUGACGCUCUCCAGAAACAAGCUUGAGGUUUUGCCUUCUGGGCUUUUUUUGCACUUGCAUGACCUGUGCAAACUGACCUUAUACAGGAACCCACUGAAGUAUCUUCCAGAAAUACUGUUUGGAGAAAUGAGGCAUCUUGGUAGCCUGUGGCUGUAUCACACAAAGCUCUCAACGAUACCAGAUUUUGUGUUCAGUAACUUGACAAAUUUAGAGCUUCUUGUGCUGAGUUUUAAUCCAGAGCUUACGGUUCUUCCUAGGAAUGUGUUCAGUGGCCUGCAUGAACUGCGAGGCCUUUCUCUGCAUACAAACAAUAUUUCCAGUUUGCCAGAGGGCAUAUUUCUGAGCCUUCAGAAACUGCAGAACAUUUCCCUCUUUGAUACAAGGCUUGAGGUUCUUCCUAGAGACCUCUUUCAUAAUCUCAAGCACCUCCAGAAGGUUUACCUGAACAGUACUAAGCUGCAGUCUCUUCCUGCAGACUUCUUUGCCGCUUUACCUGAGCUGCAAGAAGUUGUUCUUGACGACAACCCUUGGAAAUGUGAUUGCCAAAUUCUUGGCUUCCGAGAGUGGCUCCAAAAGAGCACGGAGAUAGUUAAAGAUGUGCCAUCUCUAAUGUGCCACAGCCCACUGGCACUGCAGAAUAUUUCUCUUGUGGCUCUAACCAUUGAUGGCCCGAAGUGCCUGCCAACCACAGCCAUUACCUAUCAGACGUUCAGCUCAGCUUAUUCCCAGACCUUGACGUCUCCUGUGACGGAGCACUUAAGAUCAUCUUGGGAGAUUUCUGUAACAGCAGUGUUUGACAUGGAAAGCACCACACCCACAUCAAUUCCUCCUGAGACUCCAGGUUUUACCUACUCCCAUGUUGAAGAUGUUGGACAGCCUGGGUUUCGUUUCUCAGAUGUUCCAAUACAAACUUCUCCCAGCGUCAUAGCACGAACUGACAGUGUCAGAGGAACAGAUUUAACUACACUUGUCUGGUGGGAUGAGUUGCCAGCCCACAGGAGUGCUAAACCCUAUUUUAAUACCAGAAUUGCUUAUUGCCAGCUAUUCUUGUGCCUUCACAGUUUGAUUUUAGCACUCCAGACUGUAACCAUUGUGCUCAGUCUGUAUGUGAUGGGUAAAACCAGGCAACUCUUGCACUCCAAAAAUACUCCUGCUCAGCCUGUAGUUCUGAUAAGAUUGUUAAGAAGAUAAAGCAUACUAGCCCAAGAGAGGAUUAGAAGCGUUGCCUUGGAUGCAGUUUAAGCAAUUGAUACUCGAUUCAGAUCUGGAUUACAAAUCUUCAUAGCAAGAAUCAUAAAGACCUUGGCUUUAC